GGCAAGGAGUCCUGUACAGGUCUGAGUGGACCCCCAGCAGAGUUUUGCACCUCCCUGGUCAUCCAGGUCUACCGCCGCCGAGAGAUGGAGUCCACAGCCUACACUGUCAAUCUGACCCUGAAAGAAGAGCAAGAAGAGGAAGAAAUUCAGAGCCGGGAACUAGAGGAUGGCCCCAUGGAUAUGCAGAAAGUGCGAAUCUGUUCAGAGGGUGGAUGGGUACCAGCCCUGUUUGACGAGGUGGCCAUAUAUUUUUCCGACGAGGAGUGGGAAGUUUUGACAGAGCAACAAAAGGCCCUCUACCGGGAAGUCAUGAGGAUGAAUUAUGAAACUGUCCUGUCCCUCGAAUUCCCAUUCCCAAAGCCAGACAUGAUCAGCCGGUUGGAACAGGAGGAGGAGUCUCAUAAUUCCGAUAAGUGGCAGCUGCAAAGAGGAACCUUCGCAGAAAAUGAAGAAUCUGAACUUAAGUCCCCAGACUGGGCAAACCCCGUACACACUGCCUCCCAGUAUCCCCCACCUCAGCACCUCGACAGAUUCAGCCUGCGUCUGCCUCGGUGCAUCACAGAGCUACCCGAGUGGAGUGAAGGAUACCCCUUCUACAUGGCCAUGGGCUUCCCAGGGUAUGACUUCUCAGCUGACGACAUAGCUGGGAAGUUUCAGUUCAGCCGAGGCAUGCGCCGAAGUUACGAUGCAGGGUUCAAGCUGAUGGUAGUAGAGUAUGCUGAGAGCACCAACAACUGCCAGGCUGCCAAGCAGUUUGGGGUAUUGGAAAAAAAUGUUCGAGACUGGCGCAAAGUAAAACCACAGCUCCAAAAUGCGCAUGCCAUGCGGCGGGCAUUCCGAGGUCCCAAGAACGGGAGGUUUGCUCUUGUAGACCAGCGUGUGGCUGAGUAUGUCCGGUACAUGCAGGCCAAAGGGGACCCUAUCACUAGGGAAGCCAUGCAGCUGAAAGCACUUGAAAUUGCCCAGGAGAUGAACAUUCCAGAGAAAGGGUUCAAGGCAAGUCUGGGUUGGUGUCGAAGGAUGAUGAGGAGGUAUGACUUGUCUCUGAGGCAUAAAGUGCCCGUUCCCCAGCACUUGCCUGAAGACCUCACUGAGAAGCUUGUCACCUACCAACGCAGCGUGCUGGCUCUGCGCAGAGCCCAUGACUAUGAAGUGGCACAGAUGGGGAAUGCAGACGAGACACCAAUCUGCUUAGAGGUGCCAUCCAGGGUGACUGUGGACAACCAGGGGGAAAAGCCUGUCUUAGUCAAGACACCAGGCAGGGAGAAACUGAAAAUCACUGCGAUGUUGGGUGUCUUGGCUGAUGGGAGAAAGUUGCCUCCAUACAUUAUUUUGAGGGGGACGUACAUCCCCCCUGGGAAGUUCCCCAGUGGGAUGGAGAUCCGCUGCCACCGCUAUGGGUGGAUGACUGAGGACUUAAUGCAGGACUGGUUGGAAGUGGUGUGGAAACGGAGGACAGGAGCUGCAGGAAUUGUGCCCAAGCAGCGGGGCAUGCUGAUCCUGAAUGGCUUCCGGGGCCAUGCCACUGACUCGGUCAAGAGCUCCAUGGAAAACAUGAACACUGAUAUGGUGAUCAUCCCAGGGGGCCUGACCUCACAGCUGCAGGUGCUGGAUGUGGUGGUCUACAAGCCACUCAACGACAGCGUGCGAGCCCAGUACUCCAACUGGCUUCUGGCUGGGAACCUGGCGUUGAGCCCCACAGGGAAUGCCAAGAAGCCACCCCUGGGCCUCUUCCUCGAGUGGGUCAUGGUUGCGUGGAAUAGCAUCUCAAGUGAGUCCAUCGUCCAAGGGUUCAAGAAGUGCCACAUCUCCAGCAACCUGGAGGAGGAAGACGAUAUGCUAUGGGAGAUCGAGGGCGAGCUGCCAGGAGCCGGGGAGCCACCAAAAGAAUGUGACACUGAAAGCAUGACAGAGGGCCACUGAAGGACGAGCUCAGAUAACCAGAAUCAAGUGCUACUGGCCUACUGGCCACACUCAUCCUAAGACAGCCUGCUUUCCCUUUUCCUUCUCCCAGAAGCACCUUGGCAUGUCAUGUGAUGGCAUGAGUAUUCAUCCACUGUCAAGUCAGUAAUCACUUAGAAGAUACUCUGGGAACAUCCUGGUAACUUCAGGCAAUGGAGAGAUGUGACCACAGCCCUGGGUGGAGGUGACUGAGAAUGCACACUAAGUCAGUCCUCAGCCUGCUGAGUGAGACGAGGCAAGCCUGUCAACCCUGAUUCUGCAGUAAACCUAUAGCUAAAAGACAAUUAUUUAAACUCCUGAAGGAGAAAUAACCUGGAAUAACUGACGUCUGAUCUCUAACAGCUUUUUUUCUGAUAGAAGUAUUUUUCUAAGUGAUGCUCAAUAGUAAAUGCUCAUGAUUUCCUAAUGAUAGAAGAGACGGCACACAGGACCCCACAGCUGGCGGUGGUGUCACAGCUGGAGCCAGCCUUCAGUGGAACAGAAUUUCAAAUCUUUCCAGGGCUCUUGAAAAUCCUACUUAUCCCUUCUACUUUUCUGCCUGACUUAACCCCAUCUCCCACUUUAGACGAUGAUUUCUUGAGAACUGGCAUGGGACACAGAUUUUACUUCAUAGCACAGACCUGAAGGAAUGAGGCAAAGGAAGUCCUCUCUCAUUCUGUGAUUCCACCAGGACUGAUGACGGCGUUAGGCCAGGUCCAGAGUACUGAGGAAUUUUCCAACUUGCAAUUUCUGUGCUCUACAGACCCCUCCAGAGGCUGCAACGCAGUGGCCGCAAGACAGGGUGGAGGCUCUGGCUGCUUGUCCCACCUGUCAACCCGUAAGACUUACACAUACUCUUUGGGCACCAUUAAAACUCUUGUCGGAAACAAAACGACCUCAUUCAUUCUGCAUAUCAGUUCAUUUCUUCCAGACUUUAAAACAUUCUUGAGGACUAUCUCACCAAAAUUCUGAAGGGCCUGACCCAAGAAUUCAAACUAAACUACUGAUCUUUAUUGUUACUCUUAUUCUACAUAUCCCGAAGAACAGAAGGCACACUCUAAUAGGAACCUGCCCUUCAAUCCCGUUAUAAUACAUUUUGUAGAAAAGUCUGCCAAAGUCUUAUAGUGCAGUUUUUUCUGUUUCUAUACAAGGUAAAUUCUUCAUGUUUAAUAAACCAAAAAAUUUUCUCCCAGAACAUUUAUUUGCCACUUUAAAGUACAAAAUCAAAUACACAGAUCCAAAUAUAUAAAGUAUAUACACGUAUCUAUAUAUCCAAUAUUUUAAGCUACUCAAACCCAUCCAUAAGCUCCAUCAAUAGUUUGAGUAAAACAACAUAUCUUUAAAAAAAAAAAAAAAAAAAGCUGGUUAUCAGUAACACUGUCAAAUGUAAAUUAUUUUUACUUUAUGACUUGAAAGGAUGGAAAUAGCUAUUUAAUAGGAAUAGAAUUACCAAGCAUAAAUCCAAUUUAUUCAAAUAGAUAACAUAUGCUAUAGAAAUUCCUAGAUAUGCCUAUCAAUCAGUCUUUGGACAGAUGAACUUGUUAUGGGAACACACAGGGAUGAAUUGCAUUUCCAGAGUUUUGUUUUGCUUUUGGUUUUAAAUGUAAAGAAAGGAUUUGACUUUCUAGUAGUACAGCCUUCCCAGAUCAUUUUCUAUAAAAUUAAACUGUCCGGGGAAUAUACGUAGCUAUUAAAAAUUAAAAUGGGUUAUUGAAGGAGGUAUGUGACUUUUAACACAGUAUAGGUUAUUUCAACUAGAAUGGAGAAGUGUAGUUCUUUAGGAGAGGCAGAAACUAUGACUUGCCAGGUACAAAAUAUCUGAUGUCAGUGAACCCAACAAUGUCCUGCUAAUCAUGAGAACUAAGCUACAACAGCGUCUUUAUUCCAGGAUGCCAUCUAUCUUACAUGCAGACCAAAGGAUAC